AUGGAGACACCCUUAAUGAGAUCCGCUGCCGUUGGAAAUGUCUCCAAAGUGCGUGAGCUGCGGGCCGAGUAUUCGGGACGGCAGAAUAACGCUGGCUUUACAGCGCUUAUGAAGGCGAUUUCCUACAAACACUUGGAGGCGGCCCGACUCCUCGUCAAUGACGAAGCAGGGGCAUCUACAGAUACAGGACACACCGCACUUAUGUUAGCAGCACAGUAUGGGUUUGUAGAUCUAGUUAAGCAGCUGAUCCCAGCGGAGGCGGGACAGCAGAACAAGGAGGGUUGGUCUGCUUUGAUGAUAGCCCUCAACAACCGGCAAAAAGAGGUGGCGCAUUUGCUAGUACCAAAGGAAGCUGGGUUAAGCAAAGCAGACGGGUGGACGGCGCUCAUGUUCGCUGCACAAGCAGGAUAUGCAGAUAUUGUCUCUCUUCUGCUUCACACGGAGAAGUCACGGCAAUCUAACAAGGGUUGGACAGCACUAAUGAUCGCAGCAGAUUCGGGAGCAACAAACAUCUGCAAAAUAUUACUCAGUGAGGCGGGGAUGAGAAAGAUAGACGGUAUAACGGCCAUGAUGAUAGCAGCUAGACGUGGACACUCAGAUAUUGUUCAGCUUCUACUGAACAAGGAAUUUGGUUUACGCACAUUGCAAGGCCAGACAGCGUACUCAUUUGCCUUUGCUGCUGGCCACCGCAAUGUCUGUGCACUGCUUUCUGAGGAAUCUGGUGACAAGGAUAUGCCGCAGACAAUCACCAGGCAGGCACUAAUCCCCAUAGAGUCGACGCUGUGCACUGCAGAUCUAGCAGGGCAAAGUAGAGACGGCGGUCCCUUACAAACAGUCUCUGCUGCUGACCAAGGCACAUUGCUAGAAAUAGAUAUGCUAAAGAAAACCAUAGAAAGUCUAUCUAUGCAAUUAAACUCCUCGGUUGAGACAGUGGCUUCUCUGGAAAGGAUUGUCAACAGACAGACAGCUCAGAUCAACGAGCUUUACAUACUCAUCGGUGGCAUCUUGCAGAAUAGAGACAUGUCUCCUCUUACGGUUAAGCUUCCCAGCUCUGCAGAGGAGGUAGAGUCCAGCCUUGUUUCAAUACCUGUCCGCCCAGACCAUAACACACAGAACCUUAGCCCAGAUCCUUCCAUUUUUGAUCUCCCGCCAAACUGCUUGCAUUCAGCUGAGUUUACUACUGUGCCAGAAGGCGUCGAAGAAGACAGGCCUAGUUUAUCAAGCAGUCCGACAAGAGACCUUGCCUCUUCUGAUACCUCUUUAGACAUUGUUUGUCUUCCUUGUGAACACAUAUGCCACUUUGCAAGCUUGGCGCAGCUUGAGGCUUCAAAAAAAUGUGUGAUAUGUGAAAUGUCCGUAGACGAUUAUAUCGAAGUAAAUACAAAAUAA